AUGAAUAAAUUAAUAAUAUUAACCAUUGUUGGUUUAAUAUUUUGUAGUUAUGUUGAUGCCAGUUGUAAAUGUACUGACAAUCGUGCAUACUGUGGAUCGCAAUUGACUGAAUGUCGUGGAUUGAAUGCCACCGAUUUAUAUCAAUGUGUCACCGUUGGACAACCACCAAUGAGAAGACUUGGAUGUCCAAAUGGAUGUCAGGUUAACGACGCUCCAGCCUCAGAUACAUGUGCACCCGCUUCCACCAAGUGUGUAUGUCCAGACUCUGCUGACCACUGUGGUUCCUCCCUCCAGAAAUCUACAGGUGGAAACUGUGCCGACCUCGAUCCAAACGCUCUCUACCAGUGUGACGGAAAGGGUAUUUACCCAUCAUGGCGUUGGACAUGUCCAACCGGUUGCAUCCAAAACGGUGCCAAUCUCAACGAUACCUGUGACAAGGGUGCCUCCAACACCGUCGGUCUCACCAAGAUCAAACACAUCGUUAUCUUCAUGCAAGAGAACCGUGCCUUUGAUAAUUAUUAUGGUAUUUUGCCAGGUGUUUGUAAUUUCAAAGAUCCAAACAUGGCCAUCCAAGAAAACGGUAACAACAUUCUCUACCAACCAGACCCACACUCACCAGAUAGUCACAACGGUCAGAAAUACUCUUUGCCAUUCAAGUUGGACGGUCCAAAAGCUGGUUGCACUAGUGGUGGUUCCAACGCUUGGAGUCCAAACCACGUCGCCUGGAACAACGGUCUCAACAACAACUGGCCAGAGGGAAACACCGUUGGUUCGCUCGGAUACCUCGGAGAAGAUAACCUUCCAUUCUACUUUGAAUUGGCUGACCAAUUCACCAUUGCCGAUAAAUACUAUGAAUCCAUUAUGACCUCGACCAAUCCAAAUCGUAUCGUUCUCUGGAGUGGUACUAUCGAUGCCCGUGGUGCCACCGCACGUGGUCCAGUCAUUGACAACACUGAAACCCCACCCCUCCAAUGGGUUACCUACCCAGAGCUCUUGCAAAAUGCGGGUAUCUCCUGGAUGGUCUACCAAGGUGAAGACAACUUUGAUGACAAUGCUCUUGCCUGGUUCAAACAAUACCAAGAUGCCGGUAAAGGUACCCCAUUGAGAAACCAAGGUAUCUCCUACUUGGGAUUGGACACUUUCUACGAACAAGCACUCAACGGUACUCUUCCACAAGUUUCAUUCGUAGUUGGUCCAACUGAACUUUCGGAACAUCCAGAUAAUGGACCAAUGGCAGGACAAUGGUUAUCACAACAAGUUGUCAACGCUGUCAUCAAUUCAAAGGCAUGGUCAGAGACCGUUUUGCUUAUUGAUUAUGAUGAAUCCGGUGGAUUCUUUGACCAUGUUAUCCCACCCAUUUCACCAAUCGGUACUCUUGAUGAGUGGAUCUACGGUGACGGCGAUGCUCCACAACCAAUCGGUCCAGGUCAACGUGUUCCAGCUUUCAUCGUAUCACCAUGGUCAACCGGUGGUGUCGUUUUCACUGAGCCAUCCGAUCACACCUCUGUCAUCCAGUUUGUCGAGCAAUGGGCCAUCGCCAACGACUAUCCAGCCGAUCAAGUCUUGCAUCCAUUGAUUUCCACCUACCGUCGUAACUUUAUGUCCGAUUUGACAAGAGCACUCGACUUCUCCUUCACCAACCUCACCGUGCCAAACACAACUGCCAUGCCAGUCCCAUCACGUGAUCCAAGCGGAAACUGGAAUCCAACCGAAGAGUGUGAAGAUUUGCCAGGUCCAUACCCAUCCGUUCCCUACGGAAACCAAACCUACCCAGUUGUCGCACCAGGCUAUCGUUUGGUGCGUGGUAACAAUCCAGCACUCGGACGUACCUACGUCUUUGAGUCUGGAACCCAAGCAGUCGUCGCCACUGGAUCCACCAUCUCAAUGGGUCCAAUCUCCAACGACAAAUCCAACGACAACCAAUACUUUAUCAUGAAGGAAGCUGCCGGUGUCCUCGGUAACUACAUCGUCUCUGUCGAGACUGGAUUGUGUCUCAACGGCAAUGGUAGAUUGGCUGCCUGUACUUCAAGCAGUGACAAUUGGUUCGUCAUCGACGAGAGCAACGGUCAAGGUUACCUCCUCUACAACAUUCCAACCGGAACCUACCUCAGUUACCAAAAUUCCAUUUUCUCACUCACCAACACCAUGCUCACCUACUUUAGAUUAUACUCAGUUUAA